UCCGCUGGUGCUCAGACACAGUCAGGGGCCAAAGACAGGCAUGGGGAUGCAGUCCGUCCUGCUGGGCCGGGUUCUGGUGCUGCUCUGGGCGUCCGCGGCUUGGGGUGAUGUCCUGGUGCAGCCAGAUUUUGAUGCCAAGAAGUUCUCAGGCCUCUGGUACGUGGUCGCCGUGGCCUCGGACUGCAAGGUCUUCCUGGGCAAGAAGGACCACCUGCUGAUGUCCACCACGGCCAUCACCGCCGGGGCUGGGGGCAACCUCAACGUCCACAUGGAGUUCCCCUGGGGUGACGGCUGCAACCGCAUGGACGCCGAGUUCCUCAAGGUGGGCGCCGAGGGACACUUCAGAGUCCCAGACUUGGGCUACCUGGACGUGCGCAUCGAGGAAACGGACUACAGCUCCUUCGCCGUGGUCUACAUCUACAAGGAGCUGGAGGGGGCGCUCAGCACCAUGGUGCAGCUCUACAGCCGAACCCAGGAAGCGAGUCCCCAGGCCCUGAAGGCCUUCCGGGACUUCUACCCGACCGUGGAGCUCCCGGACGACAUGACGGUCAUGCUGCCGAAGUCAGAUGCGUGCUCCUCGGGGGGCCAGGAGGCACCCUGACAGCUCUGGAGACUCACGGGGCCCUUCCCAGGUGGAGGACAGGGGCAAGCCGGAGCAGCAGGCCUCGCUCGGCACCCCACGCCUCCCAGACCCCGGCCUUCCCUUUACUCCAGGCCUUGCCCACCCCCUCCUGCUCACCCCCAUCCCCAGUGCCUCCCCCUUCCGCUCAAUAAACUGGUUCUACAGGC